CGACAAGUAUCCGUUAGGCUGUACAGUAAAUACCUCGCCAGUCAUCGUAAAGCACUUGUAUUCCAUUGUCGAGCUGAUUGGCUCUACCAAAGCGAGAAGCUUUCUUCUUUCAAAUUAAACGCGGACCGAAUCCCGGAGCGUCAAAGCGACAAGAGCCUCCGAAUUGUUAACAACAUCACGAAUUCCUGAGGGGACGCAGGGACAUUUAAUUAUUUGUGAAAUUAUUAGAAAUGGAAGACUUUCGAUUCUCUCAUAUUAUGGUGCUAAGUGCAAUACUUCUCCAAUUCCUUACUGUUGAGAACACAGUUGCUUUUAAGGACUUACUGGCUGAUCCCGACCCCUACUCCAGCGUGGAGACGAAUGAAGAGGAACCCCGGAGUGGACGCAGGCGGCCUGUCGACAGUAAAGAUAGCUGGUUACAGUUCAUACGUAGAGGGUCACGACCCGCAAAGCAGCCAACCAAGAAACGGAAAAAUAAACGCCUGCAAAGACUGGGAUGCCCCACGGGACCUGCCGGGCCACAGGGUCCACCCGGACCCCCGGGACCAAAAGGGGCAAAGGUCACAAUACAGGAACUGAUGACGGAAUUUCUGGAUAUCGUUAAAGAGGCUGCAGAAAGAAAAGCAGAGGUCAUUAUUUCAGAGAAAUGUGGGACGUGCUCUUCGACCAUAAACAAUAGCAGUGCAGAAGAUACUUUGUUUACAAAUGACGUCAUGGCUUUGCCUAGAAUUACAUCUGGAUUUCAUCUUCGUCUUAAAAAGAAUGUCAUCCUAGAUAGCAAAACCUUCAUGGAACUUGAUUCUUUUCAUCAACCUUUUGCCGCCGGAUCUUUUCAGAGGGGAAAUGCUUUUAACAUCAGAAAUGGUCGUUUUACGGCCCCCAAAGCAGGGAUAUACCAGUUUUCCGUAAAUUUACAUAUGCGCGUGAAGCGGAAUGGCCGGAGAUCCAAACUUAAGAGGAAAGACGCCAUAAAGACUCAAAUUUGCAUCAAUUCAUUAUGUAAUAAAUAUGUGUCCCUUAGUCAUGUGAUUGGAAUGGAGAGUAAUAGUAAAAUUUUCACGGUCAGCUUUUCAGGAUUUGUGCAAUUAGAGCAAUCACAGUAUGUCUCCGUGUACGUUGAUAAUGCGUCAAAAAUGAGUGCUGUAGUGUUGAAGAACUCGGAUUUUACUGGGAUAAUGAUGGGAACAUGAGAAAGUCUUACUCAAAUUUUACAACGUGUUGAUCUUCAAAGGUGUGCGUGCGUUCGUCAUUGUGGACGCUACCCUUCACGUCAUUAGCAUCCCCAGCUCUAAGUAGCGUCCUGUGACACCUACUCAACUACAAAAACUAUUAAAAUUUGAGAUUUACUUGUUUUUUUUCUUAUCGUAUAAUUUAUUGUUUUUGUUUUAAUGUAUGUACUUGCUCAUGAUGAUAUUUUUAUUGUAAUUAUAAUUUGUUACUAGUUUUGUUUCCUAAAAAAUAAAGUUGUUUAUAAAUA